AUGUUAGUGCCUCGGCAGGCGAAGUUGAUGUCAUCCCUCCGUCCAGCUGUCAAGACGCUCAAUUCCCUCGUCAAUCCUGCUUUCGGUCCUCCCAAUUGUGACAUCUAUGCCCGCUGUCACUAUCUCGACACUUCUUACACCUCAGCAAUAACUGCAGUCGCAAAACCUGACGUGAGAGACACCCGCAAGCCUGGGGUCUCUGCACCUACAACCAUGGCCACACCCACUCGUCCUGCUCCGUCCCCGGCCGCUCUCCUCAUAUACCCAGCAACUCUGCUAUUGGGAUCCUUAUUCUCAGUGAUAUCACCCGUAGCUCGUGCUACUAGAGAGUCCUCCUUACGCCUGCCGAAGUCGGCCGCCCCUCUUGCACCUUCGCUCGCCGCUGACCUUCAUCUCUCCGAGAAUCCCGUCAACUACUUUGCCCGAAAGAAUAACAUUUUCAAUCUCUACUUCGUGAAAAUCGGAUGGCUGUGGACCACUGUUGCCUUCGUCUCACUACUCCUCUUCCAACCCGUGUACCGCGCCUCAUCCUCGCUCUCCCAGGCGCAACAACAAACUCGAGUCCGGCGUGCCCUCCAAGCCUUCCUACGCUAUGCAAUCGCGACCACGAUAUGGUACUUGAUGACGCAAUGGUUCUUUGGUCCCGCGAUCAUUGAUCGCAGCUUUGUCGUUACGGGCGGAAAAUGUGAAGAGGUGAUGGAGCGGGCAGGAAAAAUGGAAUUGGGUGGGAGUCCCUCUGCCCAGGUAGAGACCCUGUUCUCUGCUGCAGCCUGUAAAGCGGCCGGGGGAGCCUGGAGAGGUGGUCACGAUAUCAGUGGUCAUGUUUUCAUGCUGGUGCUGGCGACGGCAUUCCUGGCUCAUGAAGCUGUUGGUGCCGGGGCAUUCUCUGCGUUUUCGGCACCCACGCGGGCUGAUGGAGACAGUGCGCGUGAACGCAAGGCGAGCGGUCCUGUCGUUUCUGGGCUUAUGAAUGACGAAACCGACUCCGGGUUGGCGAGAAAAUGGUCAUUACGUCUGGUCUGGGGUGUUGUUGGACUAGGCUGGUGGAUGCUCUUCAUGACAGCCAUCUGGUUCCAUACCUGGCUAGAAAAGUGGUCCGGGUUGAUCGUUGCUCUAACCUCUGUGUAUGUCAUCUACAUACUCCCGAGAAGACUCACACCGUGGAGGGAUAUUGUGGGCGUUCCAGGGCUAUAG